GGCUAGCGUGCGCAUGCGCACGACGGUGACGCAGGCCCGACGUCGUGUCCGCGAGUGCAGGUUGGAGCUCGGCUCGUUGUUGGUGCUCAGACGGCUUCGGCCAACGGUCGAGCGGUGGCGGAGAAAAAUACGAGGGCGUGGGCGGAGUUCUACCUCACCUCACAAACAACGCGCGGAGCUGGGCGCCCCCCCUGUGAGACGGCAGCCGCUCGGGUAGAGUGUGGUAUGAUGGUUCGUUCAAGGUCAAGAUCCCCAAGAUGGAAGCAGAGGGUAGAGUGUGGUAUGAUGGUUCGUUCAAGGUCAAGAUCCCCAAGAUGGAAGCAUAGGUCAAUCUCGCCAACCUGUGUAAGAAGCCAAGAAUACCAUGUUGAGAGAAGAUUGUAUCAGUCACAUACUAGUGAGUCAAGAGCAUUCAGUCAAAGCUCAGGAAGACCUACACAGUGGCGGGCACAACAGGAUAAAUGGAAUGAAACGGGCAGUGUCGAAUCGAGAUCGGGAAAUGCACAAUAUGGUAAAGUUCAUUAUGAAGUUUUUGAGUAUGGGCAUCCUUCUCCAAUUGCAAAAAAAGUGGGAGCAGAACAUACAACGGGAAGACACCUCUACCCACAUGGAAGAGAAGGAAAUCGAUCCCAUGCCCUUCUUUCAAAAUCUGCUGAAGAGAAUCCAUACCAUGAUCACGAUGAACGGCAUCAUGGCAACAGUGACUGGCCUAAUGAGCGUCACCAUGGUCACAGCGAACGGCAUGAUCAUGAUGAAUGGCGUAAUGAUCACGAUGAACGACAUUAUCAGAGUGCAGAAAUCGUGACUCAUUACAAAUUACCUGAUGAAAAAUCCAAGACUGUUAGAAGUGAUCCACAAAUAACUUCAUACGAUCGACCAAGUACUACCUCUUAUGGUUAUUCAGACAAGUGGCGUGACACUGAAGGCUUGAGAAGUCAUAAUUUGCAUGAGGAAAGGCAUUCAGAUUCUUUACGUUCUCCUGGAAGACAGCCUGAAGAAUUUCUGGAAAGGAAUUCCCACCAGAAGAGGUAUCCCGAGGAAGAUGAUGUCAAAGGGUGCAGAGAAGCAUCUGGAAGAGGCUGGGUGCCAGGAAAGCAUGAGACCGUAGAUCAUGAUCGAGACUUAAAAUGGAGAGGAGAAAAAAAUCCUCAUUAUAGAAAAGCGUGCACUUCGACAUUAUACAAUGACUCUGAAGGUGCACGUAUCAAAGAUGUUUCAAGAGCCUGGUAUAGUGAUAGUGAUCGCUUUGAUGAGUGUGUGCAGGUAAAGAGUGGGUUUGCACAUUCGCAAAAGUAUCCUGAAAUGCACUCAUCUGAGCAUCACCAGAGCUUUUCCAGUGAAAGACAGCAAAGAUAUUCAAGUAAAGAUAAAGAAUAUACGACUGCCUCCUCGAGUACUAAAGAGGUGAGUCGUUUUCACAGUAACAGCAGGAGGUCAGGUACUGAUGUGAACAAAGCAGAGGGUCACAACUCUGUGACGAAAAAAUAUCCAGUUCUCGAGCAUUACUUUGACAGGUCUCCGCGAGCAAACAAGAAAGAAGUGAGCCCAAGAUAUACAGCACCCUCGGCAACAAGGGGGCGAGUGGAAAGAGGAAAAGAGUUCAGGAACCGCUCUAAUUUUUCUAAGGAUCAGCGUGAUGAUGCUCCUAAACGAUUAAACCAUAGAUCUUAUCAAUUGGAAACUUCACGUUGUACUUCCAAUAAUGAGCGAGGCAAUACAACCGAGUCCUUAACCAUCAAAUUAGACAUGAAGAAGACUGUGAACAAAUGCAGGCCUACAUCAAGCCAUGCUUCAGAGAGACUAAUGUCUCGGGAUUUGGUUAGUGUUGGCAAGAAACGGGAUGAGUUCCAUCAUGUGUUUGAGCAUAUGGGUUCAUCAUUGAAGGCGAACCCGAAUAUCUCUUCAGGAGAAUUUGCCCAGGAGAUAAUCACUUUGGUGCACCAAAUUAAAGGUGAUCAAUUUAAGCCUUCCGAUGUAACUUUGCAUAACCGCUUUUCAAAGUUACAAAAUGCACAAAGUCUACCAAAAGACGCAAAACAUCUGGGUCCUGAGAUACACAGACGGAUUGACAUGUCACUGGCAGACUUGCACAGUCGAGAAAGGAAACCUGUUGGAAGAAAGACAAGCACAUGGGUUGCAGUAAAUCCAGAUGACCUUCGCCAUGACAUAGAGAGACGGAGGAAGGAACGGUUGCGGGACAAGUAUGAAGUGCCCUAUCAAACUGAGGAGCAUAAGUUGCUUUGUGACAGAUCUGAGAGGCAUGAAAAGUCUUGUUCAUCCAAUCGAAUGAAAACAUCAAGAGAUCUACACUUUAAAGAGCCACCAACUGGGCUUAUGGAGCACCGAAUGAGACUAGCAAAAAAACCCUUCCCGAAUUUUUCAAAAGAGUAUACAACAUUUGGGCGAAAGAAAAGUUUCAGCAUUGAGUCAAAAUACCGGCGACUGUAUGGCGUUGGUUUUGGACGUACUAAUCCAAGAGAAAUCACCAAACACUUCAGGGAAGGGCUAGUAAGGAAAAGGAGAGAUGAAAGGGAAUUACCCAGCAGUACCACAGACAAGUAAUUGACCAGAAUGUGGAAGUGUUGAGAUCUGUUUGAAGAAAAUCUCCCGAGAACAUCUUUUUGAAAUCUUAUAUGCCUGUUGCAGACUGCUGUGGAUCCUAUUAUUUGUUCACCUUAUUUCACUCUAGUUAGUGGUACUUAAGACACUUUGUAAAGUAUUCCUCGGCAAUCUGAACAUAAUUUUGACAGUAUGAGUUAAUAUGAGCACUGUACCCCAAAUAGUACCUUCUGCUCUAAUUUCUGACAUAGUUUUCCCAUUAAUAAAUUAGUGUGAACAGCAUACCGUUAAAAGCUAUAAAUAUUGAUGCUAAAUAACAAUCUGUUCAAAUGUUAUCAAUGAUGUACCAAGGGUUGAAAGUAGCAUUAUGUUUCAAAAUUAUGUAGCCUGUGACUACAGGGGACUGAACAGAAAAUGCUUGUUGCUUAUUGAUGUAGAUGUCUGAAUAAAAGUGUUUUCAUUGUUUAUAUCAAACUUUAUGGCUAGCUAUGCUCCCGUGGUUUUACUUUUCAUUUGAUCAUGCAGUUUUGCAUGUAUAAAUAAACAAUGUUAAUAUUUGGUUAAGAUACUUGAGCAUUUGUACCUCUUUUCUGUUCUGUUGAAAUGGGCAUUGUUCUCCACUGUGUAGGAUUAGCACCAAAUUUGGGUGAGAUUGAAUGCUACAAAAAAGAUAGAAUCAGAAACACUAUCAAUCUUGCAAAAGCAUGGCACAAUGUAACAAAAUAUUGUAAAAGGGCAAGUGAUACAAAGCAAGAAGCAAAGAAUGGGAAUCUCACUAUUCACGAAACCGUGGGAACGGGGUGAUUCAUAUUUUAAAGACUUUUAGAUCUUUGAUCUUUAUUCUAAACUGUUCUUGUGCCCAUUCUCAGGUUGGUGCUAAUUAAUCUCCGAUUGGAUACCUGUCUGGAACAUCACAUGUUUGCAGUUUGCAACAAGGAAAGUUCAGUAAUGAGAGCCAGUUAUAGAAAUGUUAAAAUUGCAUUUCUUCAACAGACAAAUAUGCCAGUGACUAAACAAAACAAUCUUUUAAAAUUGGCUAUCUAGACUACACGUAAUAUGAAUGUUUUGAAUUUGUUGUUUUGUGCUUAGAAGAAUCACUUAUUUGUAUUUUCCUUUUGAACUUUUGCAGAGUCUCAACUGAUUGAACCAUCUAUUUUAUAAACUGUUAGGUUUUGUUAGUUAACAUUGAUUUUAUUUGACACGUGUUGUCUGUUGCAACCAUUUAUGGAGCAAAUUGAGGGGAUUUUCCAUUUAUUUUCUUGAUCUUUCAUCCAUAGUUAACCUCUUGAAACCAUUGAUAGUACGUCAGUAAUGUCAACUUCAUAUUUUUGGGAGAUAUUGAAACCUAUCAAAACUUUUAUAAACGUUCUAUGCCAGCAUUUCUAUUUUGAAUGGAGGGACUGGCUACUGAAAGUUUAAUGGUGGAUUGUUCAAUUAUUUAUAUUAAAAGUCGUAUAACAUUGAAAUAGUUUAUGAAUCCUAACUGCUUGCUUGUUUUCUAUGUUAGUGACUCAGAUUUUGAUCUACAGAUAUACUUCAAGCAUUUGAUCCCCUAAGCUUCCCAAUUGGUUAAUACACAACUCCAUUGGAAAAAAGCAUUUGUAUCUUUUGUAUGCAGAAUGCUUUUCUUAGUACUGAUAACUUGCUUAAACAAAAUACUAGAAAUGCUCAGCAAGUCGAGCAGCAUCCUUGGAGAACAAAACUUUAUAAUUUUAAGCUGAUUCUAUUUAAUUCAAAUGCAUUUUGUUAAUAACUUUCUAACAGUUGACCAUGCAGUGAUGUUUUAUGAAACUAUUCGUUUUGAAAGCUGUUAAUUUCAGUACACGGCAAGGUUGAAAUUACUGGGAACUUUUCUGAAAUCAUUUUGUUUUUCAUUUAACUACAGCAGCCACAUUUAUUGUGACUGAUAUUAGUCCUGUUGAUUUAUCAGUAUAUUAGGUGUUGCUUAAACCACAUGUUUAUUGCAUUAAAAUUCCUUGUUUGAAAAAUUGCAUUGUUUACUUCUCCAAUCCAUACAAUUAUGGCUGCUUCAUUAAAAUAGUCUUUCAACUAUAGCCAAACUUAAGUUGUAUUCAGUCAUAAAUAAAACAAAUACAUUUAAAGUUCAA